ACGAAGAAAAAUAAACAUGGCUGCCGCGCAGAAGCGGGUGCUGCAACUGCUCGCUUGGUCGAGGGAAUUUCUGCGUAUUGGAUUCGAGGGGCAGCUUAACGUUGCUGGCACAGGCGACAGAGAGCAUGACUGUGUUCUUGAGCGCGUGCUGGGACCUUUUGAGGCACAUCUGAUCUCAAUCCAAAGCCUGCUCAUCUGGGAGAGACCGUACGUGAGCGCUACUGCCUUUGUCGCAGUCAACUGUCUGUUUUGGUUGGUGGUGUCAUGCAGCAGAAGAUUCUACUCUUUUGUUGCGCUCAUAGCAGCUGUAGUUUUUAUGUACAAAACUUGGGUGAACAGCAUCUGGCCAGAGAUCCGUGUGCCACCUCCUGAAGGAGAGGAUAAUGAACAGUGGACCCCUGUACAUCCGCAAGUCUUCAGUGUGCCUGAACUGAGCCGAUACAUCACUGACUGGUCAGAGAGCGUCAGAAAGUGGGUUGCAAAUGUGAUUCUUCUCCGAAAGACCAACCCAGGAUUGUUCUGCAUUCUGGCGUCAUCAACUUUUGCUAUGACGGCUGUGUUGGGAAGAAUGGUGUCUGGUGUCCUCAUACUUUACAGUCUGUUGAUGGCUGUUACCCUUGGUCCUGGAAUUGCACUGUAUGUUAUACCAGCCACAUGGUAUGAACAGGCGGAUGCACUUAUGAGAAUUGCAUCCGGGAAGCCACCUAGGAGGAAGCAGCGUAAUGAAGAGACACAGUUCUAUGAAGGGAUGGGGAGCCUUCCAGACUAUGAUGAAGACACAGACCUGGACAGCUUCCUACCUGACAUGACAACCAUGCCCUCUCUGAGCGAAGUUUGUGACUCUGAAGAGCAGUUCCUUCCCUCUGCUGCCACUGUAUCAUCAGAAUCCAUGCAUUUUUCAACCUCACACUUCAAGAUGGACAGUUCUGACUCAGAAGGUGACGACACCCUCAUCAGAGGACUGACCUCAACGCGUCGGCCUGCCCGACAGCCCGAGGCAUCAAAGUCGCGCCCGCUUGCCGUGGGCCCUCGCACCUCCCGACACAGCUCCCAAGUGUCACAAAGUGAAAACGUUCCGUCAUGCACGAGAACUGGCGAUGUGCGGGACCUUCAAUAACCCAAAGAACAGAUUGUGAGUUGCCUUGAUACUAUUUUUUUUCCCUAUACAUUUGCUCUCCCUUUUCUUUUUCUGCAUUUCGACUACCAAUGACAACUUGCACAUAAACAUGUUGCACUUUGUCCAAGUACGAAUGUGCAAGUGAUUGCUCUUUGUUACCUCUGUCAGUGGUUGUACUUUUAUGCACUUGUUGUGAUGAGUUUUUACCAACCACAAACCUGCACUGUCAUGAUUUUAUUUUUGUCAUCACACCCAUAUGCUAGUCGCAACUUGGGCCUGCAUGUGCACUUGCACAUGGUAAAGUGUCACAGUAGUCCUGCCAUGUUUUUUGCUGAAUUGAAAAUUUGUCACAAAAUUACGCCCCCUCCCUCCCUCCAUCAAGAAUCUCAUAUUCGACUCUUUUGUGCAAUAGCUCUACAAAGCCUGGUCGAAGCAUAGCAACCGGCGCCACCUGCGGGAUUCCUGGAAAAAUUUUGGGCAUCCAGCAGUUUUGGUGUGGGAUUUGGUUGCAGUAUCCAUCAAUAUGUGGUUGGUUUAAGAUUACAGCAAACCAGGCAUCGUAGUGAUACCAGCACAGACCUAUAUUUGAGUGCCUUGUACAUAAAUGAACAAUAAAAGAAAGUAUUUCAAA